UUGAAGAAAUUCACUUUCCGUUCACGGAUUUGUAAUAUUCGCGUAAAAAUAAGACGAUUUAAAAAAAUACCAUCUAUGCAAAAAGUUAUGUGACUUCAAGAGAACCGAUUGUUAUAAAAAAUUUGCGACUUUCCUAAUUGCUAACACCCUUAGAUAUGGAAAUUCCAAUAAAAAUUCUGCCAGUGUACUAAUAAUCGGUUUCUUCCCAAACCGCUUAUACUCAGCUAUGCUUAAUAGUCUCAUUGUUAUUAUUAUUUUCAUAACUCUGUGUGAUAAGACACAGGUGAACGGUAUUAAAAUGCUCCGACACCGGCACUGAUAAGAAAACUCCCCUGUGCAAAAAUGAUACGCGUAAAUAGAAAAGAUUGAAAUAAAAAACAAUUAUUGUAGAUAAUACUGCAAGCUAUACAAAUACAAACACUCACAACACAGGUCUAAAUGCUAGACGUGCAAAAGCAAGAGAAUAUAAUUGAGAUUAGGAAUUGAAGAAUUGAUAACUAACGACAUUUGGUGAAUUAUUUGACGGCAUGUUGGUAAUACUUUUUCUUAACUGAUAUUGGAAGUCAGUCGUUAUUACACAUUCAUGUCGUACACUUAUAAUUCGUAGUUUUUAGUGCGAAUUUAAUAACGGUUAAAAAUUGGCAAUGGCUCAUUGUUUGUUUCCACAGCUAAGCAUUACGUAUAUUUAACAGUUAGACGGUUAAUGUUAUCGAUAACGCCGUUAUAAUCGAUUCUUUAUUUCAUAUAAUUAUAUAAUUCAAGACUUCGGUGGAAUAUCGUAUUUGUGCUUGAAUACGAUAGCAGAAUAGUGAACAAUGCAAACACAAUUCCAAAUCUAUAAAUCUAAGCAAAAUAUUGUUUAAAAAUAAACUCAAAAUUGGUUUUGAACAAAUUCUCAUACAUUUCGCCGUGUUUUUAUGAAAAUAAUAGUUCCACGAAAAUUUUAAAGUACAGCAAAGGAAUGUAAAAAUGUCUAAGCAAAAUGAAUCACCAUAAGAUGAUAUGGGAAUCCACUCAUCGUAAAUUAAUUUUGCGCUGAUAAAAUAGACGCCUUAUCAAUAAACUCAAGAUAUUUUCGUAUGCUUACCACUUUUCACAAAGCUAAUAGUGAUUUACUUUGUUUUGUAUAUGACUGCAUACCUUCAUUUGUCACUUAUGUAAGUCUUAAAUACCCAACGCCCACUUAAGACAUAUUGGAAACCGCAACUAUGUAUAUUUAUGCGUAAUAGUUUUCCUUGAAACGUUUUGGUUGGCGUUAACGACUAUGGAUAACAAUUACAUUAGUACACCGAACGACUUCCAGCACAUGGAGGGCACCGAGUCGGUGGAAUUGAAACGAACGUUCGCACUCGAUGGUAUCGGUGAGGACGAGACCUUACGACUGUAUUUGCGUAAAGCGGGAUUAUCCGACGAAAUUGAGUACUUGACAUCCGAACAGCGACGUGCCUUCAUUUACGAUAUCAUUAAGAGCAACAAAAUGCCUGGAUAUUGGGUGCCUUCCACAGUGAAAUCGCCAUCACCAUACAAUUUACAAUCAACACCAACAACUAGUAGUCGUACACCACCACCACCGCCUUUACGCAAAUUCACCGCCACAAGCAACAACAGCUCAACUCCAUCGCCAACACUCAGCUACGCCACUAUGAGCGCAACUUCGUCAAGUAACAGCUUAAAAAGCUUAGAAAAAAGUAGUCCUAUUGUACCGCGUCGAUUUGAGCCGACACCACCUACACCUCCUUCGCCAUCAACAUUUGUGACUAGCAUUAAAGGUUCGAAAUACGAGAUAAGCGGCCCGAUGAACUUCCAACACAUAGCUGGCGAUAUGACACGGGAUCGGACGCGCCAUGCAUUCGAUCUUACGAUGACAAUGAAUGAUAAUGUAUUGCGGAAAUAUAUGCUGGAACGCGGCAUAACGGAAGAGGACUUGAUAGGCAUGCGCAAACAGGAUAUCAUUAAAAAUAUCGUGCAAUCAAAGUUCACUUGGAUGCCACCUAAGCGUAAUGUUAAUGGCACUUUAAGUCAUCCUCCACAAGAUAUAAAGUACGCUACUGUAUCCUCCGGCAGUGAUCAUGGUCUAAUCACCUCACCAAGGUUCUCACGACCGAAAAAAUCAAUGCACGCUCCCUCGCCACCUCCACCAAUUACCUGGGUUUCAUCAUCUGUACCAGCUACUAAGUCACAACCAGAAGCGGUACUACAACUACCACCAGCAGCGGUACCGCCAUCAACACCACCUCCAAAUUCAAAUGUGCCGUUAAAAACGGCCACUAAUGCAUACUCAAGUUUGAACUUAUUAGCCGCGAGUUUCGCCGAUCCCACCGAUUUCCCUUCUAUCGAAGAUAUUUACAGCAACAAGACAGAAAUCGAAGCAACAUCGUGGCAAACUUCCAUGAAACCGAGGCUGACUUUAAGACAAGCGCCUCCUCCACCCCCAUCUGCACAACCGAAGACAUUCAUUGAUGCACCACAACAGCCAACACCACCAGGUCUUGUCAAGGCAAACAUGAAAAAAUCGUCAGUGAUUUACCAUUCCAAUCAGAGUUUGUACAGCCUCGACGAAUGGACAAUUGAUGAAGAUGCUGCUGAUAGUGAAAAAUAUGGAAGAUCGAAUGCCGGCGCACGAACGCCGCCGACACCUAGCGAUAGCAAUUUGUAUGCUUCUGUAAAUCCAAUAAAUAAACAAAAUAACAUCAAAAUUAACGCGGACCUCGGAGUAUAUGCAAGUGUUGGUGUUAGAAAACAGCUUACUGGACCACCAACACCACCGAAGCCUACGCUAAAGCCAUCAUUUGCUGGACGAGCUUCUAAAGUGGGAGCACCUAACCCUCCACCGCCUUCACCACCAGCUCAACAAAUUUCAGUUACGAGUGUCCUUGUACCACCACCACUACCUCCUACUAGUGGUGCGUCUAUUGCGCCACCACCUCCAUCUCCACCUCCUACUGGUGGUGCACCUAUUCCGCCGCCGCCACCGCCUCCUACUGGUGGUGCGCCUAUUCCACCGCCACCACCACCCGGUAAUGGUGCACCGAUGUCAUCACCAUCUCCCGCACUAAACACUACAGCGAAAGGAAGCAGACCACCAUCGGUGCCUACAUCUAAAAAUAAUGAUAUCGGCGAUGCGCGUGGUGCUUUGUUAGAUAGUAUUCGGAAGGGUGUAGCAUUAAAGAAAGUCGAUCAGAAAGCAGCCACAAUUAGCGGUGUAAAGCCACGCGCCGAACGUAAGCCGCCAGUUUCUGAUUUCCUUUCCGAACUUAAACUGGGUAUAACGCUGCGUCGCGUGAAAGACAAGGCAGAUAACCCAUAUGCUGGAGAAGAUCCAGAUGAAUCCCAAGCUUAAGGAAAUUAUUUGUACAUAUGUAUAUACUAUAAAUGAGGUUUUCAUACAUACAAAAAUCGAAACCAA